AUGGCUGCGCCGCGGACUCCUGCUAUGCAACGACAGCCGGGACUGGUUCAGCUUGCGGAUCAGUGGGAUACUAUGCUUGCGGGUCGGGCGUUGGCGGUGGAUGUUGCCCAGAAGGAUAUAUUUGCGGCCCCUACGAUUGCACCGCCCCGGCAGGGGUCUCAAACUGGGCUCGGAUGCGCCGCAAAUGCGUGCUACGUUACGACACCUUCGACUUACACCAUUACCGAGACUAUCACGACUACAAGUGCUGGCGCCCAAAUUGCCACGACCACCUUGACAGCCACGACCGUAUUGACGCCAACACCACCAACUGCCUUGCCAACUUCGUCCGAUCCCAACGCCGUCGCGAAAUUCAUCCCCACCAAAGUCGAUAAAGUAGUCGCAUCAUCGGCACCCUCAGGCAACGGCGGCAGCCUCACGAGAGCCCAAAUCGGCGGAAUCAUCGCCGGUGCCGUCGCCAUGCUCAUCAUAUUCAUCACCUUAACCAUAAUCAUCAUCAAGCGGCUCAACCGCGUCGCCGAAGCAAUCGAUUCCCGAAAGGAGUCCUCAGCCGGGGACCUGAACAGGACGCACCCGCCCGGCAUGACCCAAUACAGCAGACCACCCGCCUCGGACGCCGGCGACGAACAAGUAGCCUUCGCCAUCACCAACCGGAUGAGAGGUGGUGGCCGUGCCCCCUCCGACUCGGGGUACUCGACCUCGCAGCAGCAACUCCCGACGCCGCACAACUUCCCCUCCAGCACGCUCUCCGACUCGGGCAACAGCGCCGGCUACUUCGACGCCACCCCCGACCGCGUCCACAACCUCCCCGGCCACCACCCGCCCGACAACUCGCGCGCCAGCACAGACAGCAGCCAGGCCGUCUCGUCGGCCCAGCACCACCAGCAGCAACAGCGGUACGGCGCGCACGGCCGCCACUGGAGCAGCGCGAGCGAGCAGUCGGCCAACAGCAGCAGCGACGCCGGCGCCGGGGUGGGCAGUCCGCUUCUGCCCGCCGAGCUGGACACCGACGGGGCCUUCAUCCCGGAGCUGCCCACGACGACGGGAGUGGCUGACGUCCGAGGGGUGUCAGGCGGCAAUGGUGGUGGUGGUGGUGGUGUACCGGGGGUCGGCCGGCCGUGGUUGGGCCAUGCGCGACGGCACAGCGGAGGGCAUCAUACGCGCGGGAGGAGUGAGGGGUCUGUUUCGGGGGCGAGCGGGGGCGGGGGCGGGAACGGCGUUGCCCUUGAUGUGGUGAGUGAGUCGGUCGAGGUCAUGCAUGGGUACUAUGGGCCGCGCGAUUAAGCGGGUUAGGGCGGUCCUGGAUACCCCGGGGCUGAGAGUCGAGGUCGCCGGGUGUUGCGAGGGCUCCGCCGUGGAUGAAAACGAUGGGACUUGUCGAAGGUGGAAUCUACAAGUUGGGGCGAUGGGCAUGCUCCCCUGUGCUGGGAGAGUCUUGCAUGGUUUUAAGGGACAACGUUUGUCUAUUGGCAUAUGACGGUUUGCGACGACUGCUUCACUAUAUUUGGAUGUGGGAUAUUCGUACGAUCAUGAAAAUGGGUGUCGGCUUGGACUUUACGGUACGAUCUGUUUAGCGAGGAGUUGGAUAUUGUGACAGACACACGACUCGGGGACACGGGCAUUUAGGAGUUACAGAGAUAUGAGCAACGUUUGUAUUCAGGAUGUGGGAAGAUGCGAGAGCAAGUACCGCUGUGAUUUGCAGUCCU